AUGGUUUGAUAUUUGAUAAUGAAUUACAUUUGAAAGAGAAUUGUAAUGAUAUGUACAGGAAACUUCGUGUAAGAUUUGCUUAAACAUUACAACUGUUAAAAGUUUUGAAAUAAUAACGUUACAAAAGAUAUUUGCUGAUGUUCUUUUGUUGAAAUUGGUGUGUCAAAGAUAUUAGCUUCUACUAGCUCAAUUCGUACAGCUUUCAACAAGCCCAACACGUGUGUAACGACUUAACAAUAAACUUAUUUUCAUUCUGAUUCGUUAAUAUUGUAUUCAGAAAUUUGAUAGCAAAAGCAAAAAGGUUAUGUGCUUGCAGAAGAAAAUUAUACGCACCAUCACCAUUUAAGUCAACGUGUUUGAAUACUGAUAGUAUAGUUAUUCCAUAUGUGGAUUGCGAAAAAGUGUUACAGCACGACAUGAAGGAAGAGAGAAGUGAGUCGAUGGAAAUUUCAGUCGGUCAGAACAUAUGUCGAUUGUGUACACACCCGAUGAAAAGUGAGGUUAUAUGCGUACGUCAAGAGGAAUUUGAAAUUAUUCAGAAACCGACUCCCGAAAUGAAUAUAAAUAUCAACAAAGAUGCUGUUGUACGUAACGAAUGCUUUGGUUCUCCCUGUAUUCACCACAGUUUCCUAAGAAAUUGCUUAGAGAGCAGCUCAGCCACAGAAGGUCGAGUAGAAACUUCACCAUCCGAUUUAUUCGUUAAGACGGAAAACUUGGACAAAGAAUUCGAGAUUAACGAGAUGGAAAAGUCAAUCAAAACUGAAUUUGUUAACAUAAAAUCGGAACAUGCGGAAAUGAGUGACGCUCUACCACAGAGCUCCAAUAAUGGACCAUAUGAGAAGAGCGACUGCAGAGAUAUAGAACAGGAUGGAUAUAGACACGAUAAUAGAUCGGUAAACAAAUUUAAUAUGAACACCAAGCAGGAGCACAAUGUACCGUACGAAGGUGAUAAAUGUAUUUACGAAACCAAGUACAACACAUUACCACCUGAGGAUGCUUCACAGGUGUCAAUUUAUGAAUAUGGUGAUUGCAGCUAUAAAUCAAAGAAUAAUAAUUCCUCGCAGGUCCAGAUGCACAGGUGUAACGAUUGCGAUUACGAAGCUAAAGAUAAGAGAACUAUCAAACGGCACCAACUGAAACACAAAGAUCCUUCGCAGAUUCAAAUGCACAAGUGUAGCGACUGCGAUUACGAAACUAACUUCAGAGAGAAUAUCAAACAACACCAACUGAAACAUAAAGAUCCUUCGCAGAUUCAAAUGCACAAGUGUAAGGACUGUGAUUACGAAACUAAAUACAGAAUGGGUAUCAAACUUCACCAAUUAAAGCAUAAAGAUCCUUCACAGGUUCAAAUGUACAAAUGUAAUGUCUGUAACUACCAAACUAAAUACAAAAGUGCAGUCAAACAGCACCAACUGAAACAUAAAGAUUCUUCUCAGGUCCAGACGUACAAGUGUAAUGACUGCAAUUACGAAACUAAAUACAAGAGUCAUCUCAAACCACACCAACUGAAACAUAAAGAUCCUUCCGAGGUUCAAAUCUACAGGUGUAAGGACUGCGAUUACGAAACAAGAUACAGAAAGAAUAUCAAACAGCACCAACUGAAACAUCAAGAUCCAUCACAGGUUAUGUUUUAUGUCAUAACAAGCACAUCACAAUUUACUGUUUUCAAGAAAAUUGUUGCAAUGAAUCGUCUUCAAGAAACUCUGUGUAGGCUUUGUCGUACAAAUAUAACCGAUAAAAGUUUUGAAAUAAUAGACAACGCUACUAGAGACAUUCUACAUGUGCUUUUGUUCAAAUUGAAGUUUGAUGACGAGAACAAAGAGGUUAUAUGUAAUGGUUGCACUGGAAAAUUGAAUGCAGCCUUGGAAUUUAGGUCAUCUUGUCUGAAUAACGAUAAUACGAUUAUUCCACAUGUGGAUUGCAAGGGAAUGUUAGAGCUAGAUAUAAGAGAAGUUUAUGUGAAGGAAAAAGGAAGCGAGUUAAGUGAUAUUUCAGACAGUCAGAAAAUAUGUCGAUUGUGUCUGCACCCAGUAGAAAGUGAGUUUAAGUACAUACAUGAAGAGGAACUCGAAGCUAUCCAGAAAUUGACUCCUGAAAUAAAUAUAAAUAUCAUCAAAGAUCCCGUUGUAUGUAAGCCAUGCUUCGAUUCCUUGUGCACUCACAACAAUUUCCUAAAAGAUUGCUCAGAGGCAGAGCAAAAAAUUAGAGGCAUUUUUGAUUGUCCAGCCACCAAGAAUCCAAUAGAUACGUCACCAUCCGAUUUAUUCAUUAAAACUGAAAACCUGGACAACGAAUUCGAUAUUAACGAGAUGGAGACGACAAUCAAAACUGAAUAUGUCGACAUAAAAACGGAAGAUGAGGAAAAAAGCUACCCGCCACUGCAGAGCUCCUAUAGCGAACCAUUCGAGAAGAGUGACUGCGCAGAUGCAGACGCGGCUGUAUGUAAACAUGAAAAUAGAUCUACGAACCAAUAUAAUAUGAAAAUCAAGCUAGAGGGCAAAGUAUUGUACCAAUGUGAUAAAUGUAUUUAUGAAACUGAAAGCGAGAGGCUCUUUACGAGACACUGUGCGAAACACGAGAACUAUUCGGAAGUGUGUAAAACUAAAUCGUGUGAGUAUGAAACUGGGAAUAAGAAAUUAGUUCAGAGGCACCAGUUCAGGCAUGAAGGUUCUCCGGCAACAUGUAUGCACCAGAGUGAAUCACGUAAUUACAAGACAAAGUACAGGUCUAACCUUGUUAAACAUCAGGUGAAACACAAAGCGCAGUUAUACAAGUGCAACUCUUGCGAUUUGAAAACGGAAUGGAGAAUCAGCUUUAAUAGUCAGGGUAUAAAACACAAAGACUCGAACAAAAGUGAUGAGUACGAUUCUUCGCAACUACUGAUUUAUAAAUGCGAGACUUGCACCGACGAAUCAAAGAAUGAGAAAUUUUUCAUCAAAUAUCAGUUAGGUCCUAAAGCUCCUUUGCAAGUCCAAAUGUAUACGUGUAACAAUUGCGAUUAUGAAGCUAAAUGCAAGAGUCACAUCAAACAUCACCACCAACGGAAACAUAAAGAUCCCUUGCAGGUUAAAGUGUACAAGUGUAAGGACUGCGAUUUUGAAACUAAAUACAAACAUACUUUCAAAUGCCACGAACUGAAGCAUAAAGAUCUGUUGCAGGUGCAAAUGUACGGGUGUGACAACUGCGACUACAAAGCUAUAUAUAAGGGUUAUAUAAAACAGCACCAACUGAGACAUAAAGAUUCUUCAGAGGUUCAAAUGUACAAGUGUGACAACUGCGACUACAAAUCUAAAUACAAAGUGAAAAGUGAGUUUAAGUACAUAAGUGAAGAGGAAUUCGAAGCUAUUGAGAGAUUAGCUCCAGAAAUGAAUAUAAAUAUCAUCAGAGAUCCCGUUGUAUGUAAGCUUUGCUUCGAUUCCUUGUGCACUCACAACACUUGUCUAAAAGAUUGCUCAGAGGCGGAGCAACAAAUUAGAGGUAUUUUUGAUAGUCUUGCAACCGAGCGUACAAUAGAUAUGUCACAGUUCAAUUUAUUCAUUAAAACUGAAAACCCGGACAACGAAUUCGAUAUUAAUGAGAUGGAGACGACAAUCAAAGCUGAAUAUGUCGACAUAAAAACGGAAGAUGAGGAAAGCAGGGACGUGCCGCUGCAGAGCUCCGAUAAUGAACCAUCCGAGAAGAGUGGCUGUAAAGAUGUAGAAGAGGAUGGGUGUAAACAUGGGAACGGAUCAGAAAGGGAUUCCGAGCAGGAGCUCAAAGUAUUGUACAAAUGCGAUAAAUGUAUUUACGAAACUGAAAGCGAGACCUGUUUUGCGACACACUGUGUGGGACACGAGAACGAUUCGGUAGUGUAUAAAUGUGAUUCUUGUCCAGAUGUACAGAUGUAA